CACCGAAAGCUAAAGAAAUAAAUUGACAUAAUACUUAUCAAUUUGGCUCGUAGAUAUCGUCUUUGGUUUCAUCUUCAAGUUGAAAAUAAUCCGAGCGUUAAACAAUUCUUUUAAGUAAUUUAUUUUUAGUUCACAAUAGUUUUUAAGUUCCACUAUGCUUUGGAUCGUAUUUUUAAGUCACAAUAGUUGUGGAACUGUGAAAACAUUGAAAAAUUAAAUGCAAGUUAAACGAAAAUUUAAAUAUGGAUCCGACUUUGCUUUUUUAUUUGAGCUCCAGCGAUAGCGAAGGAGAUGAAAAAGUGAUACGAAGGCAGCUGAGCAAUCCAUUAACCUUGCCGAACACAGCAUUCUUGAAACGAUUCCGUUUGACCAAAGAAGCGUUUACUUAUGUUCUGGAGAAAUUAAAUUUAAGGCAAUCGGAUGCCAAAACGGUGCCUCCAAUCCUUCAAUUGGCAGGCACCCUAUCACUUCUUGCUAGCGGUGGCUACCAACACAACAUUGGCAGUGAUUAUUUAGUAGGCAUGGGUCAGAGCACUGUGUCGAAAGUUGUAUCACGUGUUGUCUUAGAAAUGGAAAGGAAGAUGUGCCCAGAAUUCAUACGCUUCGCACCGCAUGAUUCGUUCAGCUGCAAAGAUUGGUUUGUGGAGAAAUAUAAAAUACCUGGAGUCAUUGGCUGCGUAGAUGGUACUCAUAUUGGUUUACAAAAACCUACUGCGGACGAACACAUGUACUUUAAUCGUAAGGGGUACCAUAGUAUCAACGCUAUGAUAAUAUGUGAUCACACAUGUAAAAUUUUGGCAAUCAACUGCCAAUACGGUGGUGCAGCUCAUGAUUCCUUCAUUUGGAAACAUUCCGACCAGAGAAGGGCUUUAGAGGAAGGUUUUCAACAAAACAGGCAGGAAAAUUCAUGGCUUUUAGGAGAUUCUGGCUACCCACUUGAACCGUGGUGUAUAACGCCAUACAGAAACACAUCGGAUGGUUCAAGUGAGCAGAUGUUUAACGAUAUUCACUCCAAAGCAAGGUGUAUUAUUGAGCGAACAAUUGGCAUUCUAAAAGGACGCUGGAGGAUUUUAGGAUACGGAAAAAGGGGAAGAUAUCACCCUAUAAAAGUGGCACGAUUUGCUAAUGUGUCUGCAGCGUUACACAACAUUUGCAUUAAGUUUAAGACACCUUAUGAUCCUCCAAAUUAUUACUCCGACCCCAUAUCGGAAAUUGAUACAGGGGAAACAAAUCAACUAACCGCUAUUGGCCAAACAAUAAGAGAUUAA